AUGGCUGAAAAAGCAAUUGCAAAUCCUACAUUAAAGUUUAUUCCACUGCGAUCUUUCAUUCAUAACGAUUUUUGGCAUAAAUAUGCUGAAAUCAAAAUAGACAUUGAUCGUUUAGAUGACUCCGGUCGUCCAAUUUACGGCACCAUAGCGUUAAAAGCUGCAAAGACUACAAUGCUAGAGGUUGCGUGCAGUUCUUUCAAUGCUACAUACCAUGAUGACUCACAGCGCGGUUUUCGAUGCAAAGGCACUCUCUUAAACCAUAAUACGUUAGAAUCCUUCAAAAUGUGUGAUAAGAAUUUGGUUCUUAAAAAUCAAGCAGUACAAUUUUACCAUGAUUUAAUGAAACAGGAUACGAUCCAAAGCAGCGCAGAUUUGGUGCAUUUUGUAUUGCUAUCGUUCGCAGAUUUAAAAACGUAUAAAUUCUUCCAUUGGUUCGCAUUCCCUGUGCCAACAGAAUUAACAUACAGGCACGAAAAUGAGCAACCUAUUCCAUCGGACUUGUAUGAAAACCUAAGGGCAAGCAUAGGCGAGUUUCUGUACCAAAAGUCAAUGCCAAAUGAACCGUUUUUCAUUUACCAUACUAUCAAAGGCAUUCAACUGCUACCCGAUUACAUUCAACAUUGCAAUAUUGGUACUAACUUCCGUGAAGAAAAUAUAGAAAAUGUUUAUUUCUGUUAUUACGAUCCAACGAGUGACAUAAAUUCAUUCGCACUUGGUUGGCACUUACGACAGAUGCUUACGUAUCUGGUUGUUUCAAGCCCAGUUCUUGCCGAACAAGGAAUAAAUUGUAUUCGAGUGACGGGUUCAGCACCAGGUGAACUUCAAUUGUCUUUAAUGACUAUAUAUCUUCCAAAACAUGUAGCUGAUGUAAAUGAUUUGAAACUUUGGUCUGGUUGGGAAUCUGAUGGAAAUGGUAAAUACUUGCCACGAGUAACAUCUUUAAACGAUAGUAUGUCUCCUGGAAGCCUCGCCGAAAAUACAAUCGAUUUAAAUCUAAAACUUAUGACAUGGCGGCUCAUCCCAACACUAAAUCUAGGAGCUAUCAAACAAACUAAAUGUCUUCUGCUAGGUGCCGGAACGCUAGGAUGCAAUGUUGCUAGAUCACUGAUGGCCUGGGGCAUCACCAAUAUUACAAUAGUGGACUGCGGAAAUGUUUCCAUGUCGAAUCCAAUUCGACAAACUUUAUACCGUUUUGAAGAUACAUUAAAUGGUGGAAAAUCGAAGGCCAGUACGGCGUCCGAACGUUUGCUUGAAAUCAACCCAGCCGCGAAAAUUGUUGGAGUUAAUCUAAAAAUUCCAAUGCCCGGACAUACAAUUGGUCAUGGUGAUGCAGUUGCAGAAACGAGAGACAUAUUAUACAAACUUGUGAGUCUCAUUAAACAUCAUGAUGUUAUUUACUUACUGACAGACUCACGUGAAAGUCGUUGGCUUCCAACUAUGCUUGGCGCUUUCUAUAAUAAGCAAAUUAUAAACGCUGCAUUAGGAUUCGAUUCGUAUCUUGUUAUGCGUCAUGGAAAAACUGGAAACAGUAAUAUUAAUAUGGCUAGUGAUGCAGAUUUAUCUUGUCCUGCUGGAUUCCGUAAAAUCAAAAGCUGUGAUUUGGGAUGCUACUUUUGCAAUGAUAUUGUUGCUCCUGGAAAUUCUAUGAAGGAUCGCACAUUAGACCAACAGUGUACUGUAACGAGGCCAGCUGUAUCUAACAUGGCGUCAGCAUUAGCAGUAGAGUUGAUGAUUUCUCUUAUACAACAUGGAAAUGCUCCUGCAUAUUAUCGGAUUCCUAAAUCGGAUCCUUUUCACCAAGAACAAGAACCAGAUGGAUUACUUGGAAUUAUACCCCAUUCCAUACGUGGUAACAUCGCUACACUUCAAUCGAUGAUUACUGCUACAGAGCGAUACACAAACUGUGUGGCAUGUUCUCCCGCAGUUCUCGAACGCUAUGCUUGCAGCAAAGAUGAUUUUAUAAUUAAUGUAAUCAACGGAACCGAAUCUCUUGAAACAGUGGCAGGUCUGAACAAAAUGAUGUCCAACAUAUUUGACGGAAAUGAGGAGAAGGAUACACUUGACUUCGAAAGUGAUUUGUCCGAUGAUUCCUAA